AGGAGUGAGCAUCGUCUAUGGGCUAAGCUCUGGGACACAUGCUUCAAUAAGCGGUCGCACUGGUUCGUCUUGACUAAUACUGUAAACUGGAUGUUUGGCAGGUUCACUGAAGGCGAGUCUCCUCCAUGGUCGGCGCUCGGACGAUGUCUCACUCCAUUAUAUUACGCAGGGUGGACCCGGGCCUUGAUUUACGGCGUGCAUGAUUAUGAUUCUAGGGAUCCGACCAUAGUUCAGUCUCUUGUCUUUUGGCUGGCUUUUUCUCAUGGAAUG